GCUAUAAUGGCUAGGCGCGCGGGCAGCGGGUGUCCGGAGGCUCGCGAGCGGCGAGGUUCUUGACCUGGGGCAUUGCUGAGGGUAUUAGGUCCCUUCAAGUUAUUUGGGAAGUGAUAGAGAAUUCAAGCUAAGGAUGUUGGUGAUGAAUAGCCUGAGGGUCAUUCUUGGAGUCUCUCCAUGCAAAUCACUUUGGAAAAGGUUCCAGCUUCCGAGGUCCAUGCCAGUGAGGCCCUGCAGCCUCUAUACCUGCACUUACAAAACCCGGAACCGAGCCUUGCAUCCACUCUGGGAGAGCCUGGACCUGGUUCCCGCGGGUGAUCGACAGUCGCCCAUCAACAUCCGGUGGAGGGACAGUGUUUAUGAUCCUGCUCUAAAACCACUCACCAUCUCUUAUGACCCGACCACCUGCCUCCACAUCUGGAAUAAUGGGUAUUCUUUCCUCGUGGAAUUUGAAGAUUCUACAGAUAAAUCAGUGAUUGAGGGAGGACCCCUGGAACACAACUACCGAUUGAAGCAGUUCCAUUUUCACUGGGGAGCCAUCAACGCCUGGGGCUCUGAGCACACCGUGGACAGCAAAUGCUACCCAGCAGAGUUGCACUUGGUGCAUUGGAAUGCUGUCAAAUUUGAAAGCUUCGAGGAUGCAGCACUGGAAGAAGAUGGUUUGGCUGUGAUAGGAGUAUUUUUAAAGCUAGGCAAGCAUCAUAAAGAACUACAGAAGUUGGUGGAUAUUUUGCCAUCAAUUAAGCAUAAGGACACCCUCGUGGAAUUUGGGUCAUUCAACCCUUCAUGCCUGAUGCCCACCUGCCCGGAUUACUGGACCUAUUCAGGAUCUCUGACUACCCCGCCCCUCUCCGAGUCUGUCACCUGGAUCAUUAAGAAGCAGCCAGUCGAAGUUGAUCAUGAUCAGCUUGAGCAAUUUCGGACCCUGCUUUUCACUUCCAAGGGGGAGCAAGAGAAAAAAAUGGUGGACAACUUCCGCCCCCUGCAGCCCCUGAUGAAUCGCACUGUCCGCUCGUCUUUCCGGCAUGAUUAUGUGCUGAAUAUACAGGCCAGAUCCAAGCCGGCCACCAGCCAAACACCACCCUAAGACAUUCAUAUUAGGCAGUAUUUUGCUUUAACAUAUUCUAGCUUUUUAAAAAUUUUUAACUAGACUAUUCUAAAUGCCCAAAUUUAAUAACAUUUAUUGAUGUGCAUUUCUUGGUAUGGGAGUGCUUUUAGGAAAGCUAUUUGGUAACCAAAUUGUUACUUUUAUUGACAAUGAUGUUUAUCCUUAAGUAUCAACAAGAGUCACCAGUUUCUCCUACAGCAACCUGUUGGUAAUUGCAAUAUCUUUUUAUGUCUGACAUUUUUGAGCUAUCUUCUUAUGUUUACCAAUUAGUGGUUCUAUAGAGUUAUAAGUAGGGAUUAUAAUGAAAAUGUUUGACAUUUAUGUCUGACAUUUUUGAGCUACCUUUUUAUGUUUACCAAUUCUACAGAGUUCUAUAGAGUUCUAAGUAGGGAUUAUAAUGCAAACAACUGGUGAGGCCCAGACUCUGACCAUCCAGAACACAGGAUUUCAGAAACAGCCACGGGGCCCUGACGGGUGCUUCCUGGCUGAACAUUGGCCAUGGUUUUAGGUAUAUCAUAUUUCAAAACAUGAAUGUGUGUUCUUUUAUAAGGGCUUUUUGUUGAGUAUAUUCGCUUCAAUCUUUAGUUGUUAUUACUAGUACAUGAUAUGCUUACUAUCAAUUUAUGAUAUAGAAAAUAUAUUUUGUAAUCAUAAGAAAACAAGGACUUUUACUAUAUCUGGAAAUCCUUUUGCAUUUCUGAAGAUCAGGUAUUUUACCUAAAGGCUUGAUCAUAUAGAAAGCAUAUGCAGAACAUUUUAAUGAAAAUGCUUAAAGUGCCUAGAACUUAGAAUUCUUUCAUGGUACACUUAUAAUUUUCAAAGGACUAAUAAUCUAAUAGUCUGUAGUUUAUAUUAUUAUUUUAUAUUAUUUGUACACUUACAUAGAAGAUAAUGAUAAUAUUUCUCACAGUGGCAGAGCUAGCUUGGCUUCCCUUUAAAACUAUCUGAACUUGAUAGGUUGCGCAAAGAGUAUAAAGAAAUAUCAUGAUUUGUAAGAAUGAAUAUGCUAAUAAUAAAUAAAAAUUUGAAAUAAAAACUA